GCACUGCUGGGCUGCACUGAUGGGCACUGGUGGGUGGCACAGGUGGGCACAGGUAGGUGGCACUUCUGGGCACAGGUGGGUGCAUUGUUGGGCACAGGUGGGUGCAUUGCUGGGCACAGGUGGGCACACUGCUGGACACAGGUGGGUGCAUUGCUGGGCACAGGUGGGCGGAACUUGUGUGUGGCACUGCUGGGCACCGAUCAUCAAGGCACUGAUGAUCAGUGACCCUGAUGAUCGGUGCCGGUCCCUGCUCUGACAACUGCCGGUUUUCGGCAGUACUUUCCUCACGAUCUGACAGCGUGAGGAAAGUGCAGCCGAGAACCGGCAUUUGCAU